GUCUUUCGCUACUUCAUCCGAAACCGUUCCGCUGACUCCGCGACAAUGUCUCACGGAAAAGUGAUCCAGGUGGACAACCCCGUCAUUUUCAAGGCCCUCGUCUCUUCGGGACCCGUCGUCGUUGAUUUCUUUGCUACAUGGUGCGGACCCUGCAAAGCCGUUGCUCCGGUCGUUGGAAAGUUCAGUGAGACAUAUACCGGCGUCAAGUUCCUUCAGGUUGAUGUCGACAAGGCGCGUUCGAUAGCUCAGGAGCAUCAGAUCCGGGCUAUGCCCACCUUUGUGCUCUACAAGGACGGUAAGCCGUUGGACAAGCGAGUGGUGGGCGGUAAUAUGAAGGAAUUGGAGGAGGGGAUUAAGAGCAUUAUCGCGUGAGCAGGCUGUGUGAUGCAACGCUGACAGAUGAAUGUGAGGAGCCGGUCGAUUUUUCUCCUAGACUUCUUACGAGCUUUCCGAUACUAUAGCCGUGAGAAAGAUGGAAUCUCAACCGUUGCGGCUUAAGUGCUUGGGCUCCGCGGCUGCCAGGCAGAGGUUGUAUGAUUUGAUACCGGCUUAUCUGAGUUACACACUACUAAUGAUAAGAGUAUAUGAAUGUGUGCCAUAUUCCUAAUUCAGAUUAUCAAACCGCGAUGCGCAAGCCAAAGGCAAACCAGAAGAGAAACUGA